AUGCCACGUGGCACUUUAAAAUUACACUCUCGGCCCAUCACUAUUAAAUUCUUUGAAAAAAACCCAGACCUCUCACGCCCUUCCUUCUUCCUCCAAGCGGUGAAGUUGACGAUCCAGCUUCAAAACCCCAACCGUUGCAGCUCCUUGCUUCAUCCGCCCACCACAACUUCCGUUCUCCACGUCGACGCAGAAACGACGGUUAACAAUGCCGGUGUCAAGAUCUUCUACAGAAUGUACGGUCAUGGUCCUACCAAAGAUCUCCACAUCGUAGGAACCGGAGAAGGCGUAGAGGUAUGCGCUUUCGACAAUCGUGGUAUGGGUCGAAGCUCCGUGCCUACCCACAAAUCUGAGUACACAACAACGAUAAUGGCAAAGGAUUCGGUUAGUUUGUUGGAUCAUUUGGAAUGGGAGAGAGCUCACAUAAUUGGACAUUCUAUGGAUCCUUUCCGAGUCCAAGUGGCAGUUCACAAGGUGACCAAAUGGCUCCUCUGGAGGGUCAUGGAACAGAGACUGAGCAUGGCGUUGUACGUAGCAAAGAAGAGAGCCAAGGAUAAGAGGGUCAUGGAACAUAACUGA